AGUCUGCUGGACAGUAAUGUGCUAGCUAAAUUGGAACAUCCAUCGAAGGUGAUCUACUCGCUGUCACCACACCCGAAGAAGCAGCAUUUGCUAACAGCCGCUGGCCAGCUUGUCUACCUGUGGGUGGCAAAGAAUGAUGAGGAUUUCGAGUGUUAA